GCAAGUGCGCCCCGCAGGGCCGGCGGUGGGCGGGCCCGGCGCCUCCCGCGUCUCGCAGGGCCCUCCGCAGUCGGCGCCGCGGCGGGGGGACGUGUCGCUCUCUAAUCUCCCGCAGGCUCCGCGGCCCUGGCGUUCACGCCCCCUCGCGCUGCGGCUGCGGAGGCUGCCGUUGCUCUAGCGCCCCGGUGCGGCCGAGCAGCCCCUGCUCUCUGCGGACCCGGCCGGAGUGCGGUGGGCGCUCUAGGCGGCGGCUCCGCGCCUCCCCCCUGCUCCCAGCUCUCCCCCCCGACCCCUCGCUCCCCGCGCCAGCCUCCUCCCUGCCCUCUCCUCGCUCUGAGCCUCCUCCCGGGCUGCGGGCAGAUCGGAUCGCCCCACUCCGCCCGGAGCCUCGAGUCUGGACCGCCGGCGGGAGGCACACACGCCCACACCCACACCCGCUCGGCCCGGCCGCUCCCCUGCCCAGCAUGUCGGCGCUCGAAUGGUACGCCCACAAGUCCCUGGGCGACGGCAUCUUCUGGAUUCAGGAACGUUUCUACGAGUCGGGCAACCGCGCCAACAUCUGGCUGGUGCGCGGCUCGGAGCAGGACGUGGUGAUCGACACGGGCCUGGGGCUGCGCAGCCUCCCGGAGUACCUGCACUCCGCCGGCCUCCUGCAGGACGGCGGCGCCCGGGAGGACGCGGCGUGCAGGCCGUUGCUGGCCGUGGCCACCCACGUGCACUUCGACCACUCGGGCGGCCUUUACCAGUUUGACCGGGUGGCCGUGCACCAUGCCGAGGCCGAGGCCCUGGCUCGCGGAGACAACUUCGAGACGGUGACCUGGCUGUCCGACAGCGAGGUGGUGCGGGCGCCCAGCCCCGGCUGGAGGGCCCGGCAGUUCCGAGUGCAGGCGGUGCAGCCCAGCCUCAUCCUGCAGGAUGGGGAUGUAAUCAACCUUGGUGACAGACAGCUCACUGUUAUGCACAUGCCCGGACACUCCAGGGGCAGUAUUUGCUUACAUGACAAAGACCGAAAGAUUCUCUUCAGUGGAGAUGUUGUGUAUGAUGGAUCGCUGAUUGACUGGCUCCCAUACAGCAGGAUAAGUGACUAUGUUGGGACCUGUGAACGUCUGAUAGAACUAGUGGACAGAGGUCUGGUAGAGAAGGUGCUUCCUGGGCACUUCAAUACCUUUGGUGCUGAAAGGCUUUUUCGGUUGGCUUCUAACUAUAUUGCAAAAGCCGGGAUAUGUCACAAAGUUUCUACCUUUGCCAUGCGAUCUCUUGCAAGUUUAGCCCUACGUGUAACAAAUUCUAGGACCUCACCAUAAUACCUAUUGUAAUAACCUAUUUAGGUUAAUUCUAUAAAUUAAUCCAGUUCACUUUGUGCUGGUUAAAAUGAUUAAUGGUGAGCAUUUUAAAAAGUGCUAUUAUACUACUGUUGUAUAUUAGAGGGGGAAAAAAAAGUUUGAGAAUGAAUAAGCCAAAAAAGAAAGUUCUUAGUUUAAUUUUUUUCUUUCCUCCAAAUAAUAAACCUCUUAAGUAAGAUUAUAAUUUCCCAAAGCUGUCAUCUUGUAAUAUUUGCUCUAGAAGUGACAUAAAAAUAUAUAGGAAAGCAAGGAGGCAUUUUGUAGUAAGAGAACUAUCCUUGCCUCCCAUUUGUCUUAUUUCCUAGAUGACCUAGAAAAAGGGCAUGAAGUGUUAUGUUUAUACUCCAAACUUGAUAUUUUUAGUAUAUUAUUUAAAAGAAAAGAUUCUUGGGUUUAAAAUACACUAGAACUCGAUAUAAACUAAGAUUUAGAAUGACAGCUAAAACAAUUCAUUGUUCUGAUACAGAAUUUUUAUACUUCAUUUUAUUUAUUCUUAUUGUAAUUAUCACAUACAUUAUGUGUUGUAUUAUUUUACUUAAAAAGGUACAAUGGAGUUUGUUUUAUUGCAAAGCUUUAAAUGUAAAUUGCAGAGUGCUUCAGUAAAAAGAUGUUAUAUAUUGUUGUUUGUUAUUAUGUGUGUGUAAUAUUUGUAAUCAUAAAAGUGAAUUUCAAAUGUCUGUAAUCUAACUACAAAUUGUCAGCUUUCUCAAAAGGACACUGUCAGGCAAACCUGAAAAAUAUACACAUUGAGAAUAAUUUUAUUAUAUCCUGUUUUAAUGUUAACAGCUAUUAUAAACAAAAUUUUUCUUGUGAAAUAGCAGCUUCAAUAUAUGUCAUAUUUUCUAGUAUCAAAACAACUAUAGAGAUCUACAAUAUCCUGGUCUGAACCAUUCUUUUAUUUAACAUAACAUACACAUGUACCACAGGAGACUUUUCAAAAUAAUGGAAAAAUGUGCAUUAGAUAUUGACUUAGAGUGAAUUGCCUUUUUAAUCCUGAUUCACAACACCUAUUCCUGUUCAGUAUUCUUUGUCCUGAAUGAAAGGAAGUUUACAUUUGUAAAGUUAUAAGAAAGAUUAUACCACUAUUUAGUAAAAUGUUUUGGUUUGGUGCUCUUAACUAUUAAAAAAAUCUUUUGGAAUAGUUCAUAAAGGUUUUCUUAAAAAGUUUUUUCACUGCUUUUUAAUUAUUGACAUGUCCAAGACCAAACUGAAAUAGCUUUGGAAAUCAGAUUUUCAGUUUUAGAAAGGUCCAGCAAUUGGUUUCUGAAAAAUUAUGAAACUUUUCCUACCCUCCACCCACCCAGGUUCUUUAGUCUUUUAGUCACUCAACACACACGUGCACACACCCACAUGCAUACACACAGUCACAUUCAUACAUGCACAGCAUUGUGCUAAACACUGGAAGCUUAAAAAGUCAAAGAGACUACAUCCUAACUGGAAGUAGAAAGCAAACAAAAUGUGGAUAAUAUAUGCAGAUGGAAGUUGACGUGAAUUACACAUGAGUGAGUGUCAGGGACAUAAAUGGAGGGAUGUGAAAUUGGGUUAGAGAAAGAUUCCUAAGGAGGGGAUUUGAGUCAUUCUUGGAAGGAUGAUUUUCUAGGUAGUCCAGAUAGGAAAGAAAAAGAUUCAAGAUAGGGAUGGAAGCAUUUUUGUCUAGAGGAACUAUUCCCUGUGACAAUUUAAAUUUAAUUUUCAGGAAUCUUAGAUCUUCCAAACACCAAGUAUUUAGCAUGAGAAAGAUGGGUUUGUGAUUGUGUAUAUAAGAAUAAUCUUAAUGACAGACAAGCUGUACUGCCACAUGUGACCAAAUGAACCUUUACUUAAAAUCAGUAAGAAGGCCAUGAUUGUUCAAAUGUAAAAUAUCAUGGGCAUUUCUCUAUGAUAGUCAUUUAAGGCUGUAGGUCGGUUUCAGUUGAUACUGCAACAUCAAGAAUAUAAAUUUGCCCUAACCAGUUUGGCUCAGUGGAUAGAGCGUCGGCCUGCGACUGAAGAAUAUAAAUUUGGUUCAGGGCAACUACAAACAAUCACUUAACGAGCCUUAAAUAUAGCCAUUAUUUUUUAUAUCAGUAGCACAAAAGAAAACCAAAAGUCCUUAACCAUUGACCAUUUUAUCGUACUUUUUAAAAAGGGUAUAGUAUGCACUAAUUUUUAUUAAGAAAUAUUUAAACCCGCUGAAGGUUUUAUUUCUUAAAAGUGCAGUUUUCCAAAACACAUUGAUUUAAUUUUUUUAGUUUUUCAAAUUGUACCAAAACGUAAGACUUUGAUAUUUUACUAUUGCUUCAAUAUGAACAAAUUGGGGAAAGCAUCUAUUAUUCAUUUAGUCCCAUGCCAUGAAUUUUAAAAUGUGCAUUGUUUAAUUUAAUCCUGGCCCCAGUGCCAAGAAGUAACUGACCAGCCUCAAACAACACAACUUUGGACAAAGCUGGUAAUUGAACAUAGGUCUCUCUGCCUCCUAAAUUGUGUGCUCUUUCUCUUAUACCUGCACAAUAACAUAAAAUUGGCAAAGUGUAUUUUUUUUCCAAGAUGCCAUAUGUGCCAAGAAUAAAUCAAGUGAUGUUAAAGCAUAAUAAUAGCAUAUUUUUUAAAAAGCUUUAAAAAAAUACAUAUAUAUAUAUCAACCUGACAGUGACCCUUGUUGUAAUUUAUGUUUUUUGGAAAUGAUAGCAUGUAAGUAUAAUUCAAAGUUGUCAAAAUGUAAGAAAUUUAGGAAUUAUUUUUAUUAUUUUUAUUGUUAAUAACAAUCUUUGGAAAUUCAUUUUUCUUAUUUAGUGUUUCUUUUUAGCUGAGACGUCUUAAACACAAACUUUGUAUGUUAUCCUGAUAUAGGUAAAUAAAUGAUUACAUGUAGUUGUUAUUAUAUGGAUAGUAAUAUGAAUGUGACAUGCACAAGUUGUCCUCAUAAUUUUCAGAUAAAUGUAAGUAAACGUGUGUGAUUACUAUUAAAGUGGACAUUUUAGUUCAA